AUGAAUGAAACUGUCGAGCUCGGUAAGAAUUUGCUGUCUGAGAUGCAAAUGUGGUUCGUGAGGUUUGUUGAGAAGUCCCUUGAUGCUGGUUUUCGCGUAUUCGGCAAGUCUGCUACUGGUAGUAGUGGAGGUAUCGACUAUGGCCCUAUGGCCACGAUUUUGUCUCAGCUAAAACGAGUCAACGACUGGUUGGACCGUGUCGUCUCAAAAAGGAACAUGGUGCUGAUGGACAAGGCGGAGCGCUUGAAGGAAAAGAUUUAUAGGGCGGGGAAGAAGGAGACGGAGGGAAAUGAGAAAUCCGCAGAUGGAUCGGAUAAGGUCUCCCAAAGGUUUUCGUCACUAGGGUCGCUGAAGCUGAGAUCAGUAUUAGUAGCUGGGGGGAAAGCUGUGGUAGCGGGGAGGGGUCCAUCGCCGACGGCCAAAUCAGGGAAGACGUCAUUGUCGCCCGCGAUAAUAGUGCCAUCUAGGUACCGGCAGCCAUCACCGACUGCUGGGUGGCGGCAGGCAAGCCCGAUUGUGGCGAGGAGGAUGUCGUUGUCUCGGGCUCGAUGGCUCUAUGGCGGGCUUAGGGCAUCACCGGCAGUGGACUCCUCGGGGAGGAAGAAGAUAGCUAAUAUAGCUGCUGGAAUUUCAAAAGUUUCUGAGCUUGUUGGGAAUGGGAGACCUCCUAGUAGGAAAAAUUGGGAUGAUAGACCAGCAUCGGGCGGCAUCGGCGGCUCUUCUGAACAUAAGGAAAAGAAAUCGGCUAUGAGCAAAAUCGAUCUCCAGGCUGCUAUAUCGAGGCGUCUAAGCGAUGAGAAAUCUGAGAGUCCGAAGGAGAAACCAAAUGGCGCGGCGCCAGUGAUCACCAUACAUGAAAAGAAAUGGACUGAUGGCAGUGUUUCUCUUGAUGCGGUUACUUCAGGUCUUGCUAAACCUGGGAAGGAUGCUAUGCAGAGGACAAGAAUUGCUUCAACUUGCAGCAUGUUUUCUGAUCUAGUGUCAAUGUCAAAGCCUGAGAAUCCUCUGCCUACUAUCGACCGAUUCAUGUCCAUUUACGAGUAUGCCCUGAAAUCAACAUCAGAUGUUGAGUCGAUUUUCGGUAGCCACAGUUCGUCAAGAAGUACAGAUUUUACAACUGAAAAGCAACCAAAACCCAACAAGCUUUGGGUGGAAGCUGCUUUGGCCACGAACCUUGAGGUUUUCUCCUUCCUCACAAAUGAAGAAUUUGAUGGCUUAUCAAAAGGGGAGCAAAGUUCAACGAAGAGGCUCUCUAUCAGUGAACCUGCCAAAAAGUUGUCACUACCAUCAGCAGUCGGAACAUGGACUCGAUGGAUGGGAAUGAAUUAA